AUGCCCCCUACAAAGUUGGAUUUUAAGGAAUUUCCUGGUGGAAUUGAAUAUACUGCCACAACUAAUAAAACUUCGUUCUUCGUGAUUUAUUUUAUCGUAAUCGCAGUAAUCACAGUAUCAUUCUUACAUAUAUUUGUCCCCAAUAUCGUAAAUGACCAUUUAAAAAUCCCAAUAGCACUCAUUUCAGCCCUAAUACUUAUACCAAAUUUGCAAUUAAACGCCACUACAGAAAAACUUCAAAUUAUAACAGGACUUGGCUUGAAAAUACAGAGGAACGGCGUGAUCUUCCCAUAUAUUAAAUCAAUACCGACGUUGAACAUAAAAGAUGUUUACAUACACGAGGCGAUAUUGCCAAAUAAAGUCGUAUUUUACCUGUUGAUCGAACUGCACGACUGUGAUGAUAUUAUUGUGCCAUUUAAGGAAACGUUCCCGUCGUGUGCAGAAUUGAUUAAUGUAAAGAAACAAAUAUCAACUCUGCUACAGUUGUAG